AUCAAAUCAUUGUUGUCAACGCGUUGUUAUGGAGCUGGUGGAGUCUGGUUUGAAUCCUGUUUGAAUCGCAAAACAAUCAAACACUUCCGCCUCUUUCUUUCGUCUCUGUUUUUCGGAAUGUAAAAUAAAUUAUUGAAAUGUCAUCUUUAGACCGACUGGACGCUUUGAGGGAGCUCAACAAAGAUUUAUUCAGCCAGUUGAAGCAGCAGAGAGAGGAACUGGAGCGACUGAGUGGCUACAGUCACAGCCGCAAGAGGGGGAGAGAGGGCGAGGCUGAGGGGACGAGAGACCCCGCAGUGGUCCUGACCGUGUUCUGGGGAGACCGCGGAACUACUAGGGCUGCCCUCGCCAAACCCACUGUGAGGUUUGCGGAUGAAUGUGAGGGACAGCACAACAUUUCAACCCCAUCCUUAACUGGAGGGACCACUAACCAUACAACACCAUCAGACCAUUUCAAAGAAAGUGACAGACUUACUAAAGUCCACAACAGGCUGCAGGAUUCAAGGCCAAGUAGACCCAAGUCCUGUCUAGCGAGUCAAAGCAAGGAACAGAGGGAGGAGCAGAGUCGAGUCUCUUUUCAGUGUGAUGAAAGUGAAGAGAUGUCAGACUCAGGGAGACAUCGUCUGCAGCCCUUACUGGGGUACGACUGGAUUGCAGGAGUCCUGGAUACUGAGGACUCUUUGAUCGAGCGCUCUGACGAGUUCUUCAAUGAUCUGCGCACAUUCCGAUCACUCAAUAAAGAAGAGUGUAUCACCAGCACACAAGCAGAAUUUCCUAAGGAGAACUAUCCAGUCCUGCCACUGCUAACAGACAGAGAUGACCCAGAGGCUAUCACAGAUACUCAUCAGUGUACGUUCUCUUACAGGAUAAACAGCAGGUUGUUCCCUGUCCCACUUCACACUGAAGAGUGCUGCCCAGUGUGUAAAAAGCACAAGUCAUCCCACCCUCACACUGGUGCAGAACCAGCUCUCGUUAGGGUCAGCAUCCCUCGCUCCACCCUCUUGCCUCCUUACAAACACAAAGCUCAUCGCCGAUGCAGUUUUGACCCUUCUGACAGCUUAGGGUUGCCAUCGCACUGUCUGUCUGGUUGGUCAAACAAAGGUCAGAGCUUGCUGCCGCAACCCAGCAGCCUUGACCUGUUAAGCAGCCUGAACAAAAAGAGUUCCCCUGAGGUCCGCUCUCAACCCUACACACCAGAGUCAGAUGGAAAGUGCCAUGACCAAAUGAGAGACUACCUGUCAAAUAAUUUAAACCUGUGCUGCAAGAAAUGUCCCCCUGGAGAGCGACGGAAACAGGAAUGCUCUGAGACUAAUGACACUGUGUGUGAGCCAUGUCCAGCUGGCCAGUACACUGGAGCAAAGAAACUACUCUCCCAAACUGCCCGCACCUGUAACCAGUGCAGAGAAGUAAGUGGCUGCACUUUAAAUCUUCUGACUAAUUCCAAUCAUUUCCCCCCAAUAAAACCAGAUAAAGGCCUGCAGUAUGCCAGAACUGCUCUUCAACCACAAUGUCCAAGUGUAAGUGCCGGGCCCGGGACGUAUUGCAUAAUGGGGUUUGAUGACCCAUACUGUGAAGAAUGCAGCAAAUACAAGAAAUGCAAAGCUGGUUUUGGAGUGUCUGUGCCAGGGUUGAUGGACGGCUGUCUCAAAUGUGAGUGUGUUCAAUGCCCAGAUGUGUUCUCUGAUACAGUCUCUUACACUGACCCCUGUCGGCCUCAUACAAACUGUCAAGGGAAAGCUGUUGACAGAAAAGGCACUGCUACAUCAGACACUGUGUGUGAAUCUGAGCUCCUUACACCCAGAGGGCCUCAAACCUCAACAGAGGAAACUCACACUGAAAGCGUGUUCACAACUGCAAAAACAAUGUUGAACACAGUCGUAGCAGCCUCAGACUCCCAAACCCUACGUGGCAGACAGACUCCCCACCGUAUUUUGCCCUUUCUGUUCCAGGGGCAGUGUUCAACAACUCAACAAAAAGCUCCACCAAGCACAUUGUCCGACGGUGAACUAGCUGCAGUCAUCGUCCCUGUGCUUGGAUUGUCUCUUCUUUCAUCGCUGUCAUGCUGGUGUGCCUUUGUUAAAACAGUCAGGAAGAAAGGUGCUGCAAGUUAUCAUCCAAAAAUAGAUGCGAAUGGAAAUUGUGAGGCAGGUGACAAACAGAUCAAGGACAGUUAUUUGGGAGAAACCCAGCUGACUUCAUUAACAAUAACUUCACCAGAACAGCAGUGUCUGCUGGAGAAAGGGGAAGCCUGCAGUGACCAGAGUCAGUCUAGUACCAAUACUGACUGUUUAACCAGAACAGAUGGCUGCAGCAGCGAAGAGUCCAUUGGUCCUCUGCAGUCCACGGUAUGUCUCAGUCCGCACUCUGCGCUGUCGGAGCCCAUGUCUUUACUCUCCAACACAGAGCUGGAGACCACACAGUCAAGUGUCUUCACACAGGCCUCCUCCUCACAGGCCUCAUCCUCACAGCCCACCGUGACCACCAGUCCCCAGGUCAACGUCAACAUCACAUUCAACAUAGGAAAUAGCUCUGCUGGAAGUGGGACACAGCCUGUUGCGCCUGCAGACUUGUUGCAGACAGACACAGAAAUUCCCUUUGGUGAGGAGGAGUCAUUCAGCAUCCCACAGCAAGAGGCUGGAAAACAAUCUGGUGUCAGUUGAGGAGAGUGAGAAUUCUUGUACAUGAAGAAUCCAUCCAUGAAGGACCAUUUAUUUUCUUAGUGUGUCAAAAACAACAUUAAAAACAAUCUGAUAGGCUACCAGAUGCACUUUCUGGUUAUGGCUUGUUUUAAACAAGUUCAACCAUUAUCUUGUUGCUAUUCUUAGUUAUUAACUGACAGCUUGUGUUCAUAUGUAUAUAGAAAUUACUGUAAAAAAGAUAGGCACUGUAUUUUAGAGAUGUACUUAUUUGCAGCCCCAGGUCUAAUUUUGUGAUAUCAAAUGUAUCUUGUAUAUGUUCCAAAACGUUUUUUAUAUUGAAU